AAAGAAAGUAUGUAAACUAUAAUGACAACAUGAUGAUGUCUGUGUAGUACAGUUAGAGUGAUCUAAAAAUUUAAAAAUUUAUGUGUGACUGAAUAUAACAACUACCCCUUCAAGCUCUUUUUAAAAGUUGGUUUACGCCCCAAAGCUAGAGCAGGAUUCAGUAUGGCGUUACGGAAACGGCGGGCAGUACUAUGAGGGACGCUUAAGCGUUUCAACACAAUUUCAAGAGAUGAGCAGAAAGUUGUACUAGAUAGUCAAUCUAACCUCAGGAAGAAAUGGGCCACUAUCAAGCCAAUAGAUGAAUCAUUCUGGCUAUCAAUUUAGAGGUAAUCUACGGACAUACGUUUCUUGCAUCCAGGAUAGUGUAAAUUUUGGGUUACCACGUGGUAAGAUAUUGCCUUAAUUUUUGGCAUCUCAGUUCGAGUGAGAUCAUUGUUUAGCAUUGAUACAAGUACAUCCCUAACGAAUUGGUAUCACCUAAGCAUAAUGACCUUGCUACACAAACUCUAGCAAUUACAUUUCUUAACUCGAGGUGCAGGAUGAUCAAAUGAAGGUUUCUCACUUUCGAAUGAUGACGUAAACAAGAUAACUCAAAUUGGGCUAGUUAAAAUAUUUGAUAACAAAGAAGUACUAGAAGAUGUAUAUCAAAGCAAGAAGUUUUAUUUAUGUUUUUGUUAUUUUUGAAUUUCUCAUCCUAGCUAGGUAAUUUGAAUAUACCAGGUUACCUAUCACCUUGCACGCACAUCAGAACCUGGUCAAAUGGUCUUUACACUCAAGGGCAUAUUCUACCAACAUAUAGAUUGGUCCCCAAAAUAUUUCUAUGAUCCUAAUAAAAAAGUGCAAAUUCGCUGGUACUUAAAGUGCCAGCGUGAAUUCACAUGGACAGAAUCCAUACUGCUUUUGGCUUACACUUCCAAUCACCUUAUGGAACUUUCUUAACUUCGAUGUUCUUGAACAGCGCCCCAACCACUUAAAUCUCAGCUUCAUAGUACCUACAGGCAAGCUGUACAAGAAGCCAUAUGCCGAGUAUGAUUGUUUGCUGAAUAUUCCUGAAUGAAAGCAAUCUGAAUCAAAAUCAAGCAAAUAAUUUCUUCUAUUUAUUUUAUGUCAUUCAUCGAAAUAUGCUUUCCAAAAAUGAGUGUGCCAGUAAUUGCAACCGAGUCAGGGUGAAAAGGGUACUCAAUGUAAGCACUAACCACUUUUUUAAGGAAGGCGUCCGCGUAAUAAGGAAGGCGUCCGCGUAAUAAGGGAGGCGUCCGCGUAAUUGUUAGUCACCGAAAGGGCCGUGCUUGCGUAAAAACAGAGAUUUUUCAAGCUGUACCGCUGGUAAUAAUAAAGUAAGAGUCAACUGUGUUGUGCUUCUACACCUGUAUGAUUCUUUAAUAUCACAUUUCCGUCAAAGUCUCAGAAUUUAGUAAAUUUUACCUAAUUUUUUCAAGCGUUUACUAACGUCAAAUUGUCUACAUCCUCUUUACGGUUACAUUGAAUAUCCUGUUCAACCCUGACUCGGUUGCGAUUACUAGGUUAAUUUAUUCGAAUAACUUUUACUAUAUUUGUUUGCAA